AUUACAAGUGACUAGCUCAUGACGGUGAUAAGAAAUUUUACAGGUUCUAUUGCAAGCGGUGCAGAUACAACCACUGUGAUGUUAACAUGGACUCUCUCUUUAUUAUUGAAUAAUCCUCAUGCUCUCAAGAAAGCACAAGAAGACACUUUUUUUAAGGUUGUUAAGGUAGCUGAUUUUGGUGUUGCGAGAGUAAAGGCUUAGACUGGUGUCAUGACAACCGAAACGGGGACAUAUCGAUGGAUGGCUCCUAAGGUUAUUGAACACAAACCCUAUGAUCAUAAGGCUGAUGUUUUCAGUUUUGGGGUUGUGUUAUGGGAGUUACUAACUGGGAAGGUAUAUAUAUAUUUCGGCAAUGGAUCUAAUUAUCGUCUUUCAAGCCUAAUUCCUACCGCCUUAGGAUCCGAGUUCAACUACACAAUGGUCGAUUGUAAGCAACAAAAGGGUGGAUGGGAAUGCGGCUACAUGGUUCUCCAACAUAUGUUUGACUUUGUCAAUUUGUAUCAAAACCAAUUUCCCGAUGAAAUGUGGCACGACACGAGAGAGGCUACGGAUAAUGAAAUAGAUGUUUUGUUGAUGACGUUGAUGCCGAAGUUUUUUAACGAGUUAGGUAUUUCGUUAGUUUAGCUUAUGUGUAAUUUGUUAUGUAUUCACAAAUGAUUGUAAUUUGACGGGUUUAUUUCCGAAUUGGAUGUCUACGGGUUUAUUUUGGAUUUGAAUGUGUAUUGUUUUGGUUUGAUUUGAAAAUGUUCCAUUGGUGUAUAUAAGGUUGAUGUAUUUUUUUUC